AUGGUAACGAAGUUACCGACUUUUUGGAAUCGUAUCGAAGCUUCAGUGAUAAGAAUCGUUGUCGAGCAAUUUAGCAGUUGCCUAGCUUUGGCUUCAAUUCGCGGCCGAUCAGUUGCAACAAAUGUUUUGGCUUUGUUUGCAAUGCUAGAUUCUGAAGCAGAUUGGUUCAAGUCUUGGCUUCAUUCGUUUCCAUAUCGAAAUAUGAUCAAAUCGAAACUCAGCAUUUUAUCGAAAAAAAUUUUCAAAUACUUAAGGAACGCUGAAAAAGACAAAAUUUCCAAGCAGCCAUUACAUCAUUCCUUUCUGGGCUACUCUGGGAGACAAAUUCAUCAGCUGCUGCUUCGGUCUUGUUGCUUGAUAACACUGAACUGGCUGAAAUAUAACGAUCUGUCUGACCUGUACUCUGGUCAACAGUGGAUCCAGAUUCUUGAACUGGCCGUAAAUUCUUGGAACCAGAAAAAAGGUCGAUCUGACAUUUCUCACGUUCUAUAUCACUUAGCGAGUUGCCGUAAUUCAGCGCAGUUUCUGUUGAAUUCGGCAGGUAUCAGUGUUUUGAAGAAGCUCACUCCGUCUACUUUCGUAGCGAUUUUGAGCACAGCUUCUCUAAAUGCUGAUCUCGCGAGGGUCGACAAAUUGUUGGUCAGGAAGGAGAUUCUGUAUGGAUUCACGCCAGAUCCUUCGAAACGGCUCCAAUUUAGGUCGUUUUUCGAUUUGGAGGAUUGCGUUUGGAAUCAGCUGCUACGCCUUUUUUCUCAUCCAAACAAAUAUUCGCUGGAAGAACUGCAGUCCCAGUGCGAUAUGCUUCAAAAUUUAAAGAGGAAGAACUCGGUAGAAGCGUUUCUGAAAUGUGCGCAGCAUGGAUUGUUUGUGGUCUCGAAGCAAUAUCUGGAAGUGGAACUCACUGAGCGACAGCUUGUGGCUUCACAUUUGAUGGAGCAGCUGAACUGCGAAAGCGUAACUGCCUGCGUGAACUGUCGUGAUUCUCGAAACCAGUACAAGAAUUAUGUGUUUGAAAUGCUUGUAACAGUGCUUUGGCAACCGUAUUCAGGCGUGCAGACGCUACGGUACUUCGACUGUGCUACUUAUUUUCGUAAUUUGUUUCAAAGAAUUCGAACUACGGGGAAUUUUGAGGCAGUGAGGAAAAUUCGAAUACUUGCCCUGAAUCUGGAUGUGGUUAUCGAACUGCGGUGUAGGUCGAAGCUCAUGUGGAGAAUUGUGCAGGUACUUUUUUGGUAA